AUGGCUCUUGCAUUUCCAACUGAAGCUUAUUCUUCAGCAUCUAUCCAGUCAAUUUCUGGUUUUGGCACUGAUACUCCAUUCACAGUAAUCAUUGGAGUCUUUUGUACGAAUUGCGGUGACCAUUCUCAGUGUUCGGUCCUUGCACUGGAUGAAUCGGCAUUAGAUGUGGAUCAGGUUGACAACCUAAUCAAGUUUUGUCCAACAAAGGAAGAAAUGGAAUUACUAAAGGGUUACAAUGGGGAUAAGGACAACUUGGGAAAAUGUGAACAAUUCUUUUUAGAAUUAAUGAAAGUCCCACGAGUAGAGUCCAAGCUAAGGGUAUUUUCUUUCAAGAUACAAUUCCGAUUGCAGGCCUCUGACCUUAGAAAUAGUCUGAAUACUAUUAAUGCGGCAUCUGAAGAGAAGUUCGGUAAAGUUGAAAAGGGUAAUGCAAACUAUCCUUUCAUUGGGUAAUGCUUUGAACCAUGGAACGGCUAGAGGUUCCGCUAUUGGAUUUCGGCUUGAUAGUCUCCUUAAACUCACUGAUACGCGAGCCAGAAACAAUAAGAUGACCCUCAUGCACUAUCUAUGUAAGGUAGACUUCUCUUAUUUUGCUUGUCAAAUAAUUUUACUGGCUUGCACUCGGUGUAUUUCGGUAUUUUUUGUAUUAUAUUUGAGUAAAAACAUCCUUCU